CGCUCUCGCGAGAGGGGCGGCGGCGCUGGUGGGUCAGCGCUCAGGCAGGCGGACGGGGUAGGGAGGCCGCUGUCAUGGCGCUGCCGCUGCUGCGCCGGGACAAGCGGACUGUGGCCGCCUCGCUGAAGGCCGAGUGUUCUCGGCCCGAUGGCAGGGGCGUCCAGCUGCUCAGCGAGCUGCUCGACAACGUACUGAGCCCCAAGAGGCCGGCGGCCGAGGCCGAGGCGAUCGAAUGGUGCAAGUGGCUGAUGGCCGGCGGCGAGAGCUUCGACGAUUUCUGCAAGACGGUGCGGGCCUACGACGACGCCACCCUGUGCGGCUUGGUGUGGACGGCCAACUUCGUGGCCUACCGCUGCCGGACGUGCGGCAUCUCCCCCUGCAUGUCGCUGUGCGCCGAGUGCUUCAACGCGGGCGAGCACACGGGCCAUGAUUUCAACAUGUUUCGGAGUCAGGCGGGCGGGGCCUGUGACUGCGGGGACAGCAGCGUGAUGCGGGACAGCGGGUUUUGUAAAAGGCAUCGAUCCACAUCAAGUUCCAAAAUUCCUUCUGUUCCUAAUGAGUUGAUGAUGAUGUCAGAACAUAUACUCCCUCGAGUUAUUCUUCGUCUUGUUCAGCAUUUGCGGGAUGGCUAUAGUGAACCAGUUUCUGAUCCAUCAACUGAGAGAGACCUCCAAAAAACACUUCAACAGAUGGAACCCCUAAUUUCUCUUUUAGAAGAUCUCACCAAAAUGGGAGGGGCAAUGCGAUCUAUCCUGACAAGAGUUCUGGGUAAUCACCAGAUAUAUAAAGAUCUAAGCACUGGUGACUUUUGCAAUGGAGAAAAGACAUUUGCAAAGAAAAAUCAUGACAAGUAUCUCGCAGCAUUAAAAGGUUCUGGACUAGUUUCAUCUGAGGAACGGUCUGUGACAUCUGUGCUGGAUCAAAUGGCAGGGGCAAGCAAUGUGACUAUUUUGGGUGCUACAACAGGAGCAGGGCAGAUGGACUCUUCUGACGAGGAGGAGCAGGAUGGCAGUCAAGGAGUUGGCAAACGGAAGAGGGUCAAGCUCUGUAAUAGCACCAAAGAUCCAUCCAUCAUGGAUAUAUUGAAGCAUAAAUGCUUUCUAGAAGAAAUAUUAUUUUGGACUGUCAAAUAUGAAUUUCCACAGAAAAUGGUAACAUUUCUACUAAACAUGUUGCCUGAUCAGGACUAUAAGAUAGCUUUCACUAAAACAUUCGUUCAGCAUUAUGCCUUCAUUAUGAAAACUCUGAUCAAGAGUCACGAGUCAGACACUAUGUCCAAUAGGAUUGUUCAUAUUAGUGUGCAGUUAUUUAGCAAUGAAGAGUUGGCACGUCAAGUGACUGAAGAAUGUCAACUGCUAGAAAUAAUGGUCACUGUUUUACUUUACAUGAUGGAAAGUUGCCUUGUCAAAAGUGAGUUACAAGAUGAAGAGAACAAUUUUCAUGUUGUUGUAAACUGUGGUGAACCACUCCUAAAGAAUAACACCUAUUGGCCUUUAGUUAGUGAUUUUAUAAAUAUCCUUUCACACCAAAGUGUAGCAAAACGUUUCUUGGAAGAUCAGGGCCUUCUUCAGAUGUGGAUGAAUUUUGUUUCGUUCUUUCAGGGGAUGAAUUUAAACAAACGAGAAUUAAAUGAGCAUGUUGAAUUUGAGUCACAAACGUACUAUGCCGCAUUUGCGGCAGAAUUAGAAGCCUGUGCACAACCUAUGUGGGGACUUUUAACACAUUGUAAAGUUAAGGAGAUGGAAGAGUACACCAGAACUGUGGUUCGAUACUGCCUGGAUGCACUGCAGGAUUGGUUUGAUGCCAUCAAUUUUGUUGAUGAGCCUGCUCCUAAUCAGGUUACAUUUCACUUGCCUCUUCAUCGUUACUAUGCCAUGUUUCUAAGCAAGGCUGUUAGAUGCCAACAACUGGAUCUCGAUUCACUUUUACCAGAUCAAGAGAUGUUGAUGAAAAUGAUGGUUCAUCCACUUCAAAUUCAGGCCAGCUUAUCAGAAAUACACAGCAACAUGUGGGUUAGGAAUGGCCUGCAGAUUAAAGGCCAGGCUAUGACUUAUGUGCAGUCCCACUUCUGCAAUUCUAUGAUUGAUCCAGAUAUUUUCCUUCUGCAGGUUUGUGCUUCCAAACUUGAUCCAGAUUAUUUUGUUUCAUCUGUUUUUGAAAGAUUUAAAGUGGUGGAUCUGUUGACAAUGGCAUCACAGCAUCAAAAUGGAGCACUUGAUCCAGAACAUGAAAGAUCUAUGCUUGAGGGUGCCUUAACUUUCCUAGUCCUUUUACUCAGUCUACGUAUUCACUUGGGAAUGACAGAUGAUGAGAUCCUGAGGGCUGAAAUGGUGGCACAACUGUGCAUGAGUGACAGAACACACAGUACAUUAUUAGACUUAAUUCCUGAAAAUCCCAACCCAAAGAGUGGUAUUAUCCCAGGUAGCUACUAUUUUGAAAACAUGCUUUCAGCUGUAGCUGAUUUUAAAGCACCAGUGUUUGAACCAGGAGGUUCUAUGCAGCAAGGGAUGUACACACCCAAAGCUGAUGUCUGGGAUCUUGAGUUUGACCCAAUAAUGGUGAUUCUAAGAACAGUAUAUCGCAGAGAUGUUCAGUCUGCAAUGGAUAGAUACAUGGGAUUCUUAAAGCAAACUGGAAAAUUUGACGGUAACCCAUGGCCACCCUAUCGGGAGAGAGCAUUUUUAAAUCCCAGCUACAAAGGUCUAAUGCGAAUAUUGCACUGUAAAACUUUGCACAUUGUGCUGUUUACUCUUCUUUACAAGAUAUCGAUGGAUCACCAGAACAUGUCUGAACAUAUACUGUGUAUGGUAUUAAACUUGAUUGAAUUGGGCCUUGACAACUUACCAGAAGAAACUAUUGAAGAGGAGGAAAUGUUUGGCGAAGAGCGAUGUUCUGAUAGUUGGUUCCAUGCAACCAACAUAGGAACAAAUCUGCACCAUGUCAUUAACCACGUGCGAGUCAAGGUACCGGAGACGGCACCUGAAGUGACCCGAGAGCCACCUGCCAGCACAAGCUCAGAUACCACUGGUGCACAGGGAUCAAGAAGGGCUACUGCUCUCAACAGAGAGAGUUCAAAUACAGCUCAGGUCUUCAGUUUAGUUGCAGAACGUAGACGAAAAUUUCAGGAAAUUAUAAAUCGCAACAGUAGCAGCACUAUUCACACUGCAGAUGUUAGACCAAAGACAUCAAAGUGGACUGCUCCUAAUUCAACUCCCCAACUCACCACAACCAUUUUGGAAGUCAGAGAAAGUAUGCUGUCUCUCCUAAUUAAACUCCAUCAUAAACUCUCAGGAAAACAAAACUCCUACUAUCCAUGCUGGUUAGAAGACUCAGAGUCUACAUCCAGAUUGGAUCCAAUGCAACAAAUCCAUGGUGAUGGGACAACAGCGGUGGAAAGAAUUUUAAUAAAGACUGCAGCACGAAGUCGGCAGAACAAGUUCAGCAUCGAGGAGAUCUGUAGGAAGGUGGCUCCUCCUACACCUCCAAAGAAGAAUAUUUCAGAUAAGAAAGCUCUGGAUAAAGAAGAAAGGCGGCAGAAAGCUCGAGAGAGACAACAAAAGUUGCUUGCUGAAUUUGCUUCAAGACAGAAAAGUUUCAUGGAAACAGCAAUGGAUCUUGAAUCACCUGACAAUGAUGUUGCCAUGGACAUAGGAUCGUCAGAAAGGCAGGAUUCAGAAACGGUGUAUGACUGUGUCAUUUGUGGACAAAGUGGCCCAUCGACAGAAGAAAGACCUACUGGAUUAGUGGUUCUAUUGCAGGCUUCAUCUGUCCUUGGCCACCGUCGUAGAAGCACUGAACCAAAGAAAUUACCAACCAGUGAUGAAGAACAGAUUUACCCUGAGGAUACCUGUGGAACCGCAUACGAUGUCAGAAUAACAGAUUUGCAACGACAUUUCAAAGACAGUUCCUGCCUACAGUCCAUCUCCAUUGGCUGGGAAGGUGGAGUAUAUGUUCAGACCUGUGGACAUACUUUACAUAUCGACUGCCAUAAGUCUUACAUGGAAUCAUUGAGGAAUGAUCAGGUGCUGCAGAGUUUUUCAGUGGAUAAAGGAGAGUUUACUUGUCCACUCUGCAGACAGUUUGCCAACAGUGUUCUUCCUUGUUACCCGGAGAAGAAUGAGGAGAAGAGUCUUUGGUUACCAUACAACAAUAAGACCAUGCAAUUUCUCAUCAGGGAAGUGGAAGAACAGCAGGAACAGUUGGGAAUGUUCCCAGUAAGCAUUAGUUCGGUAACAAACCUGAGCAAGGAGAUGGAGUCGGUGAUGAAGGACAUAAGGAGCACGACGCAAAAGAAAUACAUUGAUUAUGGGAAGAUUCCUGGUUCACCAGACAAUGACUUUCUCUUCAUGUAUUCAGUAGCUAGGUUGAAUUUGGAACUGGAAUUGGUUCAUCGAGGAGGAAAUCUGUGUCUAGGAGGAGCAAGUGCUACUUCCAAAAGAUCCUGUUUAAACCAGUUGUUACAUGUGCUAGCUAUGCAUAUGCGCCUUUUUAGAAUUGACUCUGCAUACAAUCCCUGGGCACGACUUACACGGUUGACACAGGUUAUUGAUUCAGGAAUAUGUGAUGAUGAGAAGCCAGAUGUGCCAUUAUUAUACCGAGAUGUUCCCUCGCUUCUAAUGAUCCUUGUUUUAACUAUGCCACAAGAAUUGCACAAAGAGCAUUUUACCUGCAUUGUGAAAGUUUUGUACAAUUUGUUAUAUACACAAGCUCUAGCAACACUCUCAGUGAAAUUCAAUGAAGAUGAGAGAGAAGCUUGGAAGAAUUCUGGGAAACUACAGAUCACGGGCAGUUCGGAAAAAUCCUGUGAAGUAUUACUAAGCCACGUAAUCAGUGAACUGUCGAAAGGAAAGAUUUACUGUGCAAAUAAUACAGAUCAACCAUCAAUGAUCACCACUACUAUUUGGUCACCUCAAACCCUAGAGUACAGUAUCCAACAGUUCUGUCUACCUUUCUUCAGGACUGCAAGCCUUCUUCAACACCACCUGUUCAAUGAUGAUCUUCCCAGUUGUCAGCAAACAGAAGAGGAAUUUGGGAUGCUUGCCAGCUUUCUUGGGUUAUUGCCACCCUCUCUUCAUUCGAAUGAUGAGAUCAAUAGUUGUUCUUGCCUGGAAUGGCCAGUAGCCGCUCUGGACAUCGUUUCUCAAUGGUGCUCAGAAGUAACUUCUGUAGAGUUGCACUCGGAGCAAGUACUGAAUCUACUCGUUCAGGAUCCACAAUGGUCAUUACCAUGUCUUCUUCAGCUACCGGAGAAUUAUAAUACCAUUUUUCAGUACUAUCAUCGGAAAGCUUGCACUCACUGUUCUAAAGUGCCAAAGGAUCCAGCACUUUGUUUAGUGUGUGGUACCUUUGUGUGCCUCAAAGGUCAAUGCUGUAAACAGCAAAGCUAUUGUGAAUGUGUACUGCACUCCCAGAACUGUGGAGCAGGAACAGGAAUAUUCCUACUGAUUAAUGCCUCUGUAAUUAUUGUCAUUCGUGGACACCGGUUUUGUGUAUGGGGAUCGGCCUACCUUGAUACACAUGGUGAAGAGGACAGAGACCUGAGGCGUGGCAAGCCACUGUACCUUUGCAGUGAACGGUAUAAAGUCUUGGAACAACAGUGGGUGACUCACACCUUUGAUCACAUCAACAAAAGAUGGGGUCCACAUUAUAAUGGAUUAUAGUCGACGUGAAUCCUUCCUCAAACAAAGUCACCAAGCAGCUUUGCUGCAUCUGAAUGUUAUGGAGUUUAUUUUUAAAAGUAGCCAUAUUGUUAAAAGCAAUCCAUUAAAAAAAACAUUAUUCUGCAUAUACAAAGGGGCUAUUAAUAUCACAUCAAUGGCAUUGUGUGAAACAAAAUCCCAGCAACCCUCUGAGAUUUACUCUAGAAAUGGGCUAAAAUCUUCUAUACAGUAAAGAGCUUAUUAUUUAUUUGUCAUAUUGAAGCCAUUGUAGCAAUUUGUGAAUGUAUGAUGAAGCACAGUUUUAAUUCAGAUAUGUCCCUGACUAAAAUGAACGUUAUGCUUAUCUAUAAGGCCAAGACCAAUACAGCAUGUUUGAAGUGUGGUUAGUUGAUACUCAUUACAUCAGAAGAUGCACCCGAUGAGUGUUAAACUGGUCUCAAACGUGAUUGCAGAAGAGAUUUGCUGCAUUUGUUGUGGUAUUUUCCUGAUAAGUCUCUGCUGAGUUUUUCUACAUCUUUGGGAGGUAUUGAUUUGUAAUUCUCAUCAUAACAUUCAUUGAGUUCACUGUAACUUACCCAGUUUAUUAAAAAAAAAUCGAUAAUGCUUCAAUGUACAGAAUCUUUGAAUUAAAAGCAAACUAGGCUGUAAACUCUUCAGUCUCGGGGAAUUUUGUUUCGUAUUUUGUUAACAAUAACUGUUCAAAACAAUUUUUUGGAGCUGAAUGCUAAUAAUAGAAGAAAUACAUUUUUGCCCCAGUUGUGUUUAUUUGGUAUCUUAGCUUCAUGGUUGUACUCCUGUUACUGGAUGGUGUGUUUGUUAAAUUUGGUUAGCAGUAUUCUCUUCACAGACAUAGAACCUUAACUGUCAAAAGUGGUGCAACAUGCAAUAUCACAGCAUGUUUAGAUCUGAAGUACAGCCGCUAUCCCUGCUCCAAAUGACUAUUUCAGAUAUACACUGUGCCCCAGGCGUAACUAUGUUGCAAUUGUGAAGUAUAAUUGCAGGUAUUUACUGAACAAAAAAGAAUUCAAUAAUUGUAGGAAAUGCAUUCUAAUUGGAAAUUACACCUAAAUUCAAAAUUUAACGACCGUAUUGUGUAGACAAUGCUGAAAUUUAUUUUCGUUAUAAGAUACCAGGAAUAUAAGAAAUUCAAAAUCUAAGAAUAAUUAACACACUUUAUUAUGUGCCCUUUUUCUUAUAAUUUUUUUAAAAUCUUGUCAAAAGCUGAACAAUUCUUCCAUGGUUUUCUAAGAUAAACUUAAUCUAGACAAUUCUAAAUGUCUAGUAUAAAACCCCAUAAAAAUUGUAAUUUUGUUAUUUUCAUUUAAGAAAAAUUUUCACAUUUUAGAUCUAAUAAAGUGGUACAUAGAAAUGAUAACAAAAGUGUUAUAAUGGAAAAACCCACGAGGAGUAUAUUAAAAUUACAUAUUUACAGAAAUAGUUCAUUAAAUGUUGCAAUUCAUAAACAUGAAUCAGCAGAAUUGUUACAAAAUUGACCCCUCAUACCAUUAUGGAUUGUCUUAUGAACAUGUUUACAAGGAUUCAUUUUGUAAAACACUUGGAACUACUGAACAUUGAUGUAUAACAGCUAAUUUGUUAUGUGUCUCAAUCACAAAAUUAUUCACAUCUGGUAUGUUCAGAACCUAUUAAAAGGCAUUAUUUAGUGAUGUAUGCUAACUCAUGAGAUUAUACAAAAUGAUUAACAGACCUAAUGUCUCAAGUCAAAUAUAUAAAUUCCUUCUUUUAUUGAGAGAGUGCAGUGCACAAGGAAAGUUAAACUUUAAUAAACAGCAUCAGAGGAUAAAGGAGUGUAGUUUCAGUAUGUGAUUAAAAAUCAGAGUUGCAAACGCAGGUGUAUAAUGACGCAUCUGCUCAGGCUAUGGGUAUGAAUCUCCAAAGCUAAUUUUACAUGGAAUAUUCUAACUCCUGAAGUUAGUAAUAGGAUUCCCUUUACUUUUUAUUCCUGUGCUAGUGAAAUUUGAAUGCCGGAUAUGCAGUUGAUUUAAAAUUGUACUUGAAUUCAUGCAUGCUGCUGAAUUAGGCUUUUUUUACUUUUCUGGUUUUGUAAAACCCACUAAACAACUUGAAAUUUUAAUGCAAAAGAGUGGUGUGUAAUUUGACAAUAGAAGUUGAGUAUUCACUAGAGUGUUGCCCUGUAUGGAUGAAUGUUAAAUACAGUACAUUACUGUAAAAGCUGAACAUUUUUUGGCACAUUGAAAAGUAAAUCUUAGGCUUAAUUAAAGUGACUGUAAAAUAUGUUAAUAAAAAUAUGUAAUUCAA